AUGGCGAAUAGAACAGUAAAAGACGCGAAAUCUGUUCAUGGGACAAACCCCCAAUAUUUGGUAGAAAAAAUCAUCCGAUCACGUAUUUACGAUUCAAAAUACUGGAAGGAAGAAUGCUUCGCGCUUACGGCAGAGCUUCUAGUAGAUAAAGCUAUGGAAUUAAGGUUUAUUGGUGGUGUUUUUGGAGGUAACAUCAAACCCACACCUUUCUUAUGUCUAACGUUAAAAAUGUUACAAAUUCAACCUGAGAAGGAUAUUGUCGUUGAAUUCAUAAAAAAUGAAGAGUUUAAGUACGUGAGAGCACUAGGUGCUUUUUAUAUGAGACUUACUGGAUCAUCUUUGGACUGCUACAAAUAUUUGGAGCCCCUUUAUAAUGAUAAUAGAAAGCUGAGAAGACAAAAUCGCCAAGCCCAGUUUGAAUUAGUGCACAUGGAUGAGUUUAUUGAUGAGCUUCUUAGGGAUGAAAGAGUUUGUGAUGUAAUUUUGCCCAGGGUACAAAAACGUGCAGUUCUGGAAGAAAAUAACGAAUUGGAAGGGAAAGUGUCUGCUUUGGAAGAUGAUUUAGAUGAUGAUAUAGAAAUUGAUGAUGAAGAGGAGCUAGUAAAAUACACCUUAGAAGAAACUCCCAAAGAAACUAAGGAUGAAAAGAGGAAAGAGAGGAAACGAGACAGGAGCAGAUCCAGGGAAAGGAACAGAAGCAGGGAUAGAGAACGAGAAAGGCACAAAAAGGAUAAAGAUAGAGAUCGCGAAAGGGAAAGAGAUAAGGAUAAAAGUCAUAAGGAUAAGGAUAGAAGAGAUAGGAGACGUGAUGAAGAUCGAAAAAGGAGAUAA